CUUGGAGAGUUGUUCUUUGUGGUUAUGGUGGGGACGGGUGGGGUGGGGGUUUAGGGGGCAAAAGCACAUUCCAAGGCAGCAUGCCUGGCAGUGAAGGUGGUGGUGGUGGGUACAGCUGCUCUCAGGAUAUCUCUAGAAAUCCUCCUUAAUCACAGGUACCUUUCCUUCCUUUUUUUCUUCACCUCCGCACAAUCAAUUUCUAGGCCCAUUCCCUCUUUUCUCAAUUUUUCCACAACUGGGCAACUGGCCCAAUUUUAGUGAGACCUCCUUCUCGCCCGGUAACGUAGAGUCGCCACUCAGUGUUGUCUUGUUCAGUGCGCUUGGGUUUCUCGAUCACAAAAUAUACCUUUUAGUGAAACAUCUGUGCUGGAUGCGCUUCUCGGUUAACUUUGCCUGUCUCGCAUUUUUUUCCCCUUGGAAAAUCAUUUUUUCAAUUUUCAAAAUUAGAAUUUCAUAAAAUUGUUUUGUGAAAAAAUAAAUAGUGCAUUUUAAAUAUUUGUUUCGUUUAUUACCCAAUUUUUGUGUGUGUUGAGUGUAUUUGUGAGUUAGUUUUUAUUUGUGAGAAAUUUAAUUGUGGAUUUGAGUUUUUUAUUUUAAUGUGUGCAGUGAUCGUUAAGCAUGUGGAAGCAAGAUCUGUGGGAGCGAACGAUCGAAAGUAACGACUGAUCGAAUCGAAUGUGGAUUCGGUUGUAUACCUGGCAAUUUUACGAAUAAGAACAAUGUCACAGCAUCAAGAGAUGUCGAACGAGCAGAAUGCAUGCGAAGGUUCACAACUUGCCUGUCAAUGUUCGGCGAUAGUGAACGUCGACUCAAUCCGUCAACGUGAGAGUAGAACAGAGAGGAAUCUGGGCAGCAAGAGAAUAUCAAAAAUACAAGAUCUUCCUCGAGGUUUGGAGAAUCUGCAAAACAUGUUCGAGCCAAUUAGACAUCGCGACAGUUCGCCCACAAUACAGGACAAUCAACAAAUUCGUCAAGACAAUCAAAGAAAUGGUGACAAUCUCGAUGAGACAAGUUUGACAUCAUCACCAAGACCUAUUGAAGUACAAAAAGACAUGUUUGCGAGAUAUGGACGCGCAAUUUCCUCCAGUCCACGAAAUCUCCCUCGUCAUCUUCAGGAGACCUCGAAAUUCCCAACAACCGACAACAAUCAACACCGUCAAUUGUCCAGCAGUCCCGGUUCACUUCUCGACUCCAAUUCGUCCGACCUUCACGAAAUGUCACUAAACGAUUUAGAAAACGAUGUCGACGACGAAGAUAACGACGAUAAUGACGGCGACGACGAUGACGACAACGAUGAUCUUAAUUCCACAAAGGAGAAAAUUAAAAUGCAAGUUCUCUAUCAGCACCAUCACGAACCGAGUGUACACAGUCAUCUCCUCUACCAACACGAGCAAUCCCCCUGCAAUCAUGACAACUACAAUCGAGUCUCAAGUUCAGAUGGUGGCGAUUUUCAGCAUCAGCGACAACAUCGUAAGUUGUCUAAUUUCUCCCACCAUCCGGGUCACUCUUGCGGAACGACAAGUUACGGUUAUGGAACUUCUGGUUCCCUGGUCACGACCCCGAGUCCAAGUCCAAUGAACCGGGAGAAUAUCUACCAUCAUCCUGAAUCGCCGUCAAACAAUAGUUUGUCACUACUUGAACCCGGUGUACACCAUCGUGGAAUGAUUCCCGGUAGGGUCAGUUACCACAGUAAUAAUCAUUAUCACACGAAUUUUGUUGACCACCAACAACAACAUCAUCACCAACAGCAACAACAUCAUCAUCACCAUCAUCAUGGCACAAGUGGAAAUUCCUCGAAUUCAAGUUUAAUAAAUCAUGGAAGUUCCCCGACUGUACAGCAUCGUCAUGUUGUGAAUAUCAAUAGCAGUUUAUCGACAACUCCACUCAUCAGUCAUCAUCAUAGAAGUUCCUCGGGCAGUCUUACCGGGAAUUCGACUACAAAUCAUCACCACGUGAGUUCCGGCAUUUCAUGUGAAUCUUCAUCUUCAAAUGCAAACACACGAACUCAUAGUCGACUGGACCAUAUUCACGAUCAUCAUCAGCAUCAUCAUCAUAAUAGUAAUCAUCAUCAUCAUCAUCACCUACAGGCGGUUCACGCGCUCCACUCAACGUUACCGGACACGAGGCCAAGGGAGAGAACACCCUCGAGUUUGGACCAUCAUAACAGACGACUCUCUCAUGUGCAUGCACAUGGAUAUUCGCAUUCGCAGAAUGAUCCCAAGCACUCGACUCUCAUGGGAAUUAAUAGUAUUCAGGUAUCGACGCCCUCUAAGAGUAAGUGCCAGUGUCAUAUGAUACAGCAAGGGAGUAGCAGCAAGAAAGAACCGGAGGGUGAGAAUAUUGGGGGUGGCGAAGUGACACUAAGAACGCAUCAGCCCCCAGCCCUACCGCCGAGACCACCCCCACGACCUGCCAGACGAUUCGAAACUGUGACAUCCGAUCCAUGUCACACGAGCGAGGGUGGUUGUUGCAAGAAAUACGUUGUUCUAUGUUGCCUCUGCGGUGGAUUGAGUGCUACGGUUGGAAGCCUCUUUCUGACAAUACAUGUGGUCAUAUCUGCCAAUACAGCGAGUCUCGCUCUCUUUGAAACUGUGCCCUCUUACAUUCCCGGAACCAUGUUAAUUCUUAUGGGGCUAUUCACGAUGCUAUUGGCAAGGCGGAAGCACCGAUACGGACUCCUGAUGAAGGUUUGCGGUUCCGUUGCAGUUGUGUGUGCACUCGUCUGCGUUCUCGUCACCGUCACAACCACCGUGGUACACAUGUCGAGGCUACAGGGUUUACGAGAGUGUACCUACACUGCCAGGGCAAAAACGUGUACAUGUAAUGGUGCAAAUUCACAAAAUCGAGGCGAUCCCGACGUUACGUUUGAGGCAACACCACAUUGCGAGGUAGUGCAGGGGACAUUAUAUUCUUGUUUGAGAGCCUUAUUUGGAACGUCGGUUGCUGGAAUUCUAGUGUGCAUAUUUUCAUGUAUGCUAUUAUACCAAUUAUUGAGUCACGAGAAAAAGAAGAUGUACUGGGAACAACUUGAACUCAGAUGCAGAUCGCUUUAUGGUCAAGGGGGAGCAGUAAGAACUGUUACUGGAUCUUGUGGAUGUUGUAGCGAUUGCGGUGGAACAAGUCCCUGGUGGGCCCAAACUCCAGGAAAUUUGUACACACCAAAUCCCGACAUGGCGCCUUCCAGAAGAUGGCGACUGCCCUGGAGUCGUUCUCGAGGUCCAGCUCCGAGUCCAGAUUCAAAUUAUGGAUUUCACGCGCAAGCAAUGCAGGCGGAAUCCAAUGUUGAAAAUGCAAAUGGACCGUACAGCGUUUUGAAUUCACAAUCAAGUGGACCGUACACGGUUUUAAAUGGCCAAAAUGUCCAAUAUCCGGCAAGUACAGCCUCUUAUAGUGUUUUGGAGGCUCCAGUGCCACUUUGGGGUCCCCCACCGCCCUACAGUGAUCCCAAUAGUCCUGCGAGGAGGCCUCAAGUACCAGAAUCGAGGCCCAGGUUAUCUAAGAGAAUGGACAACUACGAGAGCAAUGAAGAUUAUAGACCACGAGUAACGAAACGACCAUCGGACAAUUACGAAAAUACCGAGGAGAUUUCUAACAGCACUGAUCCAGAGGGUGGAAAUGAGGGCACAGUUAAAAGCAGACGAUUGAGAAAACCACUGAAGGGAGUCGAAAACGGAGCCUUUCAACAGGAACCAAAUCCAGCUCCAAAGCAAUCCGAAAGUGAAUUAUACUUUGGGGAUGUUUCUUCUUGUUGUGGACCAGAAAGUAGCUUUUACGAUCUUGCCGUUGACAAAGAUGCUGCUGAACGUCCCGAGGGUGUGGAUUAUCUGACAACUCGUCUUGGCAAGCGACAGCUGUCAAAACGCUCGCGACAUCCUCUUCCACUUCCACCCGAUGGCGUUGUUGGUGUUGGUGUCGUUGAUCUUCCAUCAAAUAGUUACUCAAACACAACAUCAGAAGAAUCAAGAAAUGCAAGAGGUCCAUAUUUAGCACCAGAUGCACAAUAUGAAGUAAUUCAACAAGGACGUUAUGCGUACUAUUCAUCAAAAGUCGAUGAGGAGCAUAAAGAAACUCCCACAACGUCGGCUUAUUUUCGUGAAAAUGAUAUUGAAAGGGAACGGGAGAGAGACAGAAACAGGGAGAGAGAAUACAGAGACUACAUAAACAAUAAGGAAGAAGAAUCACCCCAAUGUUGUUUAAGUGACUCGACAACUUUAGAUUCUGGUUGGCAAAGUGCUGAACAACAGCAGCAGCAACAACAACAACAACAACAACAACUACAUUCUGAUGAUAAUGUUCGACCAGUCAAUGUCUGACCAUCUCAUCCAAAAAUUUUCUCUCAAAAUUUAAACAUUUUCCUACCAUCACACUUCUAAUCUAAUAAUAAGGAAAAAGAUUUUUUUUACUAAACUAUUAGUAAGUUAUCCAAAAAUUAAUUCCUCUAAAGAAUUCCUUUCGAAUUUCUAGUAAUUAACUUGUUGAAUUGAAAUUGAAUCUUUCCGUUUAAAUAAAUUAAAAAUUAAUUCUCCUCGGAUUAAUUCAGUUCAACUAUUAAUUAAUUUACGAAAAUUAAACUUCCCAUAAAAAAGUAACGAGUAUAAAAAUAAUUCACACUUCCAUUAAUAUAAUGUUGAAAUUAAAAAUUUCGACUCUCGUUUAAUUGAAAUUUCAAUCUAAUUAUUCAAUUAUUUGAUUUCGACUAAUUUAAAACUAGACAAUUACUUCUAAAUCAAAAUUAAAAGUUAGAUUUAAGUCGAAAAUGUUUUUCCUAUUUCAACUAAAUUAUCGGACAAAUGUUAAAAUGUGGGGAAUUUGAGAUGAAAUUUUUAAUUAAUGAGUGCAAGAAAUCGUAUUGUGAUGUGUGAGUGUCUGUCUGAGUGUGUGUGAGUGUAAAAUUGACUUGAACGUUCCUCGCAUAGUAACGUGAUAAUAAAAACACAUAUUCUAUAGACUGUUUUUAAAAUAUAGUAUAAUAAUUAAAUUAGAAUGUAUUUUUAUCAUUUAAUUAAUAUAAUUAUAAUAAUAAUAAUAGUAAUAAUAAUAAAAUACUGUGCGUCUCAUCCCGAAUGCAAAAAUCUAUUUAUGUUCGUGUAUCAAUAUUUAAAUUAUAAUUAGCAAACAAUCGUCGAGAAAUAAUUGACGUGAACUUGAUUAAAAAAGAUGUCUCGAAUGCACUUGUCCACUAAAAGUGCAGAAAAAAAAAUUGCAAUUUUUGUUUAUGAUUCUAAAAACAUAAUUGUAAAAACUAAAAUCUAAUUACAUUUCAAAGUAAAAUGUAGUUGGAUUUAAAUGAAAACGAAAUCAAAAAAUAUUAAUAAAAAAAGAAAUAGUCAAUGAUAAAAGGCUGCCAAAUAAAUUGUCUUCGCACAAGAAACAAUUCAAAUUGAAUUAACAUUUGAGACUGAAAAAUUACUUAAUGAGACUUGGAAACAUUUUACAUUCUUGUUUAAAGAGAAAAAACGUCCGUCAAUUUCAACGAAGCAAAAAAUAAAGUAAAUGGUGUUUAGAAUUCUAAACAUUUGACAUUUAAAAAUUCACUUUACAUCUUCACAGAAUAAUAUUAUCUGCAAAUAUGUGAAUUUUAAGAAAAAAUUGUAAUUCAUUAUUUAUUAUUAUUUGCAGUAAAUUAUUUAUUAUUUACAUUAAAUAGUAAUUUAUUAUUUACAGUAAAUGAUAAUUUAUUAUUUUCAAUAUUCGAGACAUCUUUUUUUUCUAAUAUCCGACUGUCGCUCGAUACGUCCAUGUACAAACAUGUGCUUUACUCUUAUUGAAGUCAGGGUCGAUCUUUGAUAGUAGAGAAGAUCGAAGUACGUAUGUUUUUUAAUAUCAUUAUAGGUAAAAAUUACAAUUUAAUAAUAAAAAUAGCAUUUCCGUCGUAUUCUUUAGCAGCGCAAAAUGAACAAACAUUUUUACAAAGUACCUACACUUCUGCUUUAGAUGUAUCACUAAAAUAAUUCCUAAAAGCGAGCAAUAAAUUGCAUUUAACUUUUUUUUCUCUUAAGAAAAAGAAAUUUAAACACAAUUUUUUUUAAGGAAACGAAACUAAAUUAUUUUAACGAAACAAAAUUUAAUUUAAAAAAAA